AUGACGGCAUACGGCCAUUCAGCCGGCGAGUUCAUCGAGUGCCUCAGUAUAGCGAUACAAUUGAGAAAGGAAGAAACUGUUGAUCAAUUCGGCAAGUGGCGUAUCGAGUCCGGGAUUCAAAAUCGGGAGAGAAUUGAUCAGGAUUCACUGCCUGUGCCACCCAUUCAGAAUCCUGACAGAUCAUUUAUAGGUUUAUUGCAUGGCACUUUGCAGGGGAUAUACAUCACUCACAUCGACGAGGACUCACCAGCGGCUCGAGCAGGUCUUAGACGUCACGACAAAAUCCUUCAGGUGAAUGGACUUGACUUCACGCUGUUGACCCACGAGAGAGCAGUGAAGUAUAUAAAGAAGUAUGCAGUGCUAGACAUGCUCGUUGCUCGAGCUGAACUCCCACCUCUACACCAUUGA